GAAGUAUAAUUCUAGAAAGCCGAAGAAGUUGUUGAGCUUAUAAGGUGAGAAAGGGUAGAAUCUAUGCAGGACAGAAGUCACUUGAGGUUGUUGUAGUUCUUUUUUCUGUUGCCAUUGGAGACUCAGAGUGACCAAGACCAUCCAAGCAAACUGCAAACAAACAAACCGAAAAGAUGUUUCUCCUAACGAUGGAUGUGAGAGGCUCCGUCAGGCGCCAGAUUGCGGCGAUGGAUCCACGCCGGCUUCCUGGCUACGUCCGAACGUCCUAUCGCAAUUACAAGCUGCGACAGCGUGAAGCGAGAAAGAAGGAAGAGCGGAGGCUCAGAAAAGAAGGGCCAAUGACCAUGCAGAAGAGAUUGCAAGGGUUAUGAAGGGAUGAGGAAGUAAAAACUUUGAAUGGUGAUCAUCUACUGGAAGAUAUACCAGUAUUAUGAUGGUUGUAACUACACGUUGAGUUCUUGUCGCACAACAUGUACAUUCAACUACUACAUUCAUGCUCCUAUCGUAAGAAUCCACCUCUUCUUCUAAUAUGCGUCCAGAAGUUUUUGGAGGGAACUUUGAUGGGCAAAGGAAAGCUGGACUCAGCAACCCUGAUGCAGAAGUUGAACAAGGCGACAAAACAGCGCGAUCGCAUGGCUGGCAAAGUGGUGGAUGAGGAGGAAGAACUUAUGACCCUCUACUUGGCCAACAAGGGGAAUACUCAACUACAACUUCAAGGGAAAUCUUCAAAUAAAAGUACAAGUACAGCAAAGUAGUCUCCCUACUUCUACCCGUAGUUGCAACAACAAUCUCUCGUCUACGAAUACGAUUACCUUCUAAUUCCCUGAGCGAGACGUCGGAGGAGUCUGUGCCUACUCCGACAACAUACCGACUUGCGAAACGCGAAGAUGUCAAGCGGAAAAAAACCCUACAGGAAAGGUUGGUGGAUUUCACGACCAAGAAACGAAAACCGAAAUUCUGGGAGCCUGACUACCCGGUAAAUUAAUGUUGCUUUUAUUCUGAUACAGGAGCACUCUGAUGUUCUUGCUUGAAGUCGGGAAUGAAGACUUACAGUUUUUUGGAUAACUUUUACACGACCCACCUCCACGUCCACCAUCCUCUCAUCCCAGGUCUUCAACUACCAACUCUUGGAUUUGACGCGUGAGAUCUGGUGGAUUCGCGUUUUCGAUAAGAUUGGCGCCAAACCGCUUUACUUCAUCAACACUUUGUAUUAAGGCCUCUCCGUAAAUUCAUCUGAAGAAGAUGAAGAAGCAUCUUACAACUUGUUAGGCUUGUUACAUACUUUUUCUUUUUUGACGUAAGUAAGUACUUUAUUCUUCCAUAUUCAAGGGAAAAAUAAUGAUCAAGGUGGAUCGAUGCCUUUCAACAAUAUUAAUAUGCUCCUGGGUAACAAGUUCUAAUUAUAUUUCCGACUGGGAGAGUUUUUCUACUACCUGACGUGGAACCAGAAUAGCGAGUUCAUGAACAGACGGAUUUUCGUUUUAGUCCUCCAGUUUUGUUGCAGUAUACAUGCAUCAGCGGCGCUAUUGAACACUCUACGCAUCUAUUUCGGGAUGACCAACUUCUUUUUCCUAACGACGACCUCUUACGUGCUGCCUUUCGCGUACUCGUUCUACAGUUUGAUUUACGGCUAGAGAUUAUCUACCGUACGUUCGAUCUCUUCCGCGUGAAAGAUGCGGAUGGAGAGUAUCCUAAAGCUAAAAAAAGGAACCCCACCCUUUAGAAGAUCUAUCUUCAGUAGAUCAGUAGAUCGAUGUUGAAUGUUCACAUCUUUCACAUCACCUUUUAUUUUCGUUCUAAUACCUGGUCUUUCUGCCGUGUCCUACAAUGGCCGCCUUGGUUUGCAACGCGACGUUGUUCGUAAUGAUGCUCAUCCUCAUCUUUAUCUCGCUGGGCACUAGCGGUAACUUUUUCGGGAUGUUUACGCAAUGCAUGGCGUUUUGGCCUUUUUUGUUAUGAUGGGUUGCAGAUCUAGAUCUACAGAUACAGAUGUUGCUGCAAAAUGUAGACGCUUUCAUCGAAUCGCUUUAAUGAGGUUGACAUAAUUGUCCUCCUUAUCCAAUAGGGGUUUUCUCGAUCAACUCGAGCAUACUCCCAAUCGGAUAUAAAAAUCCAAUAUCGAUCUUAGAAUGCUCAAAGUCAAAAACGGACAUCCUCUAAUCUCAGCAAGCAUGAGUAUGCUGGCGCGUAUUUUUGUGGGUCAACCGGACAGACAGUUUCAUCCCUUGAAGCAUAUCCCGAUUCUGGGUCUCAGUGGGUGUGCAGCCCAGUAUUUUCUUAUACUGGCGAAUAAGUUAAGGCAAAAAAUAAAGUACUUGCACUUCUCAAGAAGUGACGAUAUUAAGCAAUUAUAGGUAAUCGCAUUACAACUAAUCCAUCAACAUCAUCGACAUUAUUCAGUGGUCUUCUAAGCUCAGACCUCGAACUGACGGAUUUUUUGGUCCUACUAUCGGCCAUAGACCCUUGGAUGCAGUCGAUUUUGACUCCGUUGAUGGAACGCACACGAUUACCGACUUACUUUGGUUUGCUGAAAACUCUGAUGUUUUUGACCGGGAUAGUGCUUAUGUUGAAGGGAAAAUGUCAUUUAAGUAUAUGCUUUUUUUUUUAUCCCAAAUAAAAUCUCAAUGAUGCUGAAAUACUGUGAUCAGGGCAACUCACCAUGACCGAUGACGGUGAACGAUGUUGCGAUUUAUGUUGGUGUCAUUCAUACCUUUUUUCGGGUUAUUGAAAUGAAGUUUGUUGAUAAAAAGAAAGUAAAAAUUGACGACACCUGCUUCCCGAGGGUGACUUUCUUCAGUAAAAUGAGCACCAGAUCAUGUAUGAUGACCGAAUUCUUCUAACCUGUUCCUCUAUUGGUCUCAGCUACCAUAUUCGCCGAUGAACGGCUUCACUUGCCUGCUAGUUUCACGCGCAGUCUACCAUGCGAGAUCACUGAUGGUGAAGAGGUACAACAUGGUCUUUUUCGAAGCGGAUGAGGUGAAACUGCCACAGCAGACUGAGCAGGACCUGUUCUUCCAGCCGAAGCGGAAGAUCCACAAGUACGUAUUUGGCGAAAAACCCUUUCCGCUUCCGACGUUGUACCGCUUAGACGUAGCCUUUCAAAGUGGUCUGUGCGAUGAAACUUACCACUCUGUGGGGAGUAGCGGAACCAGGGAUCUCUAUAUGUUGACGGAUUGGAUGAUGAUGCUGCCGUUGAUGGCGAUAGCGACAUUAGGGCACGAAAGCGGAACAGUGCACUACGGGUACAACUAUUGGAGGCUUUUUGUCUUAUCUUUGUGACAACAAGUAUGAUUAAUGCACCAUAGGAAUGCGAUCGUCAACAAGAAUUAUAGUACUGAGUCUUGUAGUUGAAGUUGAUACCACCUUGAGUAAAUGGUCUGAGGACUCUACUAGUACUACUGCGUAGAAGGUCUCAAUGUCUACCACUACCGUAGGUAGCGUUUUUAGGAUAAAGAUAAAAGUAUCAUCUUCAUGAUCUCUCAGGUUUUUCCCGCCGAUCCUGGGACCUAUCGGUGGGGAUCCCAAGGGCAUAGAAACCAGUGAGCUAACAACGCCAAUUCGAGACGACAGUCCUGGUGCUAUUUUCAACUGUCUCGUUUUGGUCGCACUAUAUCACGCAGCGAAACUGUUUGAGCCGGACAUGAUAUCAAAGAGCCUCUUUGAUCGUGGAAGCAGUCCUAGUGACUGGGCAGUUCGACCAGUGAUCUUCUCUUGCCCCUUGGUCAUUCUGGACAACAUGUACCUGAACGCGAAGCUGUCGAAUUCGCAGAUUCUACAGGCUUUCACCGUCUUCUUCGCUUACAACGUGUAUCGGAAGACGCUCUUCCGACGCUGGAAACGAGCAUACCUGUUGUUGACGACGCAAGAAUUGCAGUACUAUCAACCUAGCGUGUUUCGAAAUUUGCAUCGGAAGACGAUGCUGGAAUUUUUAGAGCGGGCGCCGCUGGAGGAAUAUCAGAAUUAUGAUGUGAUGGAUGGAUGAAUAUCGGAUAUUGUCACUCUAUCGUACAGGUACUAUCGACACUAGCUACAACAACUAUUGAAGCUCAUCUGACUGAUAAAAUAUAUAAUAAUUCUCUACUAAGUAACUUCUAGUACUUGAUCUUGAGUUAGCUAACAUCUUCUGACCACGAUGAAAAUCAUGAAGAUCAUAGUUAUAGUUUCGAUCUCCUCGUCUAAUUGAUCCUGCUUUUGGAGACCGCGAUCCAUCACGGGUGCAACAUCCGAGAUCCAACUAAGGAUUUGACGAUUCGGCCCAAUAGGCCAGCGCCCACUGCAACAGCUGCGUGGAAGAUGACCAUUGGUGUGGUUGUCCACCUUGCCAAGACACAGCGCCAAUUACGGCAAGCCAAAGUGGAAGAGAAACGACAGGACAGCAACUUCUGUCAGAAUAUCAUCACUGAAUGUGCUGACAAGGCAAUCGACUUUUUGAGAAGAUUGCCUACGAAUGAGCCCCGCGCGAUUGCGCACUUUCGGCCAGUGGCGUAUCAGAUGGUAUUUGCGCGGUUUCGCAAGUUUGUAGCUUGGAGGAAGACGGAAGAAAGGGCACGUGUGGAAGGACAGCGCAUUGCGGAUUUUCAAAGAUUCAAGGACGAAUUGCUCACACCAGCCGCACAGGAACCACACUACGUCAUGCAGGGGAGGGUCAUGCUCAUGUUAUGGCGGACGAACUUCAAGUAGAAGAGUUUAUAGUUUUUAAAAAAGAUAGAUAAUUCAACUGAAGAGUCGAGCAGUGAGGCAAAUAAGACCUAUUUUCUCUACUUUCCGUCUUUCUAACCCCUGGCGGCAACGAAUACGGACAGCUUGGCGUAUCCCUACAGAAAGAAGAUGUUCGCGAGCUUGGGUACAUGUACACUUUGUACGCUGUGGAUGGCUUUCGGAUCAGACAGUUGUGCGCUGCUCCGCGUGGGAGCUUCUUCAUCACCAAUAAGUUUAUGUACGCUUGCGGCAGUAAUCGUGUUGGUGAGUUGGGUCUCAGUAUGAACUUCACCGAGGUCGUUGUGCCAAGAUGCUUGAAAACGAUGCGGACACAGCAAAUUGCGCAGGUAAUAAUCAUUUUCAAAGUACUUACUUCUUCUAAUUUGAUCAGUUGCAACGACAUUGAGAUCGAUGUUGAUCAUACAUGCUCAUGGUUUUCACCAACCCCCACCCUUUCUGUCAGAUGAGCUGCAACGGUGACGCUGGCGAGAUUCAAGCCUUGUUUUUGAACAAUGAGGGCAAGGUGUAUGCCGCGGGACGCAGCUCGCGAGGAGCGUUGGCGAACAUCAAGGAGGCGGAUAAAAAGGCUCGUGAGCAAGGAGAAGCAUCCGGAAUGGGACCCGUUUUGUUGACUCUGCCGUUUUUGGUGAAAUAUGUAGCCUGUGGCAGUCGACACUCGCUCUUCCUCUCAGCAGAAGGCAAGGUGUACGCGUGCGGUGACAAUCGGAAGGGACAGCUGGGUUUGUCCGCGAAGAUCAAGAAGAGCUUGAAGCCCCUGCUUGUGAAAGUUAAGGAUUGAAGAAAGUGAAACAUCAAUUCUACUUGAUGAAAUGGAAAAGUUUUAUUUAAGACUAGUAGGAAUUUCAUGUUCCUUCUCUUUGUGUUUGUCUUCAGGCAUUACAGCAAAUUCCGAACCCCAACAUCUUCUUGCUCUUCUUCUAAGCACUGCCUCCAGGGUAGCGAGUGUUACCUUCUCGCCACUGGUAGUGAUCAUAGCAUGGUUGCAAUGGAGAAGGACGGUCUCUUCGCUUGGGGUGGGAAUACCUAUGGCCAAUGCGGAACGGGGGGUCUCAAGGACGUCUUCGAGCCGCAACCUGUGGUCUUCCACGAGAGCGAAAUCGGAAAACCACACGCGGGAGGCAGCUACUUUCUAUCCAUUGCCUGCGGAGAGCAUCACACGCUGGUUUGCAGCGUGAGUAUGUUCGUAACUUGGGCAUGCGGAUCGAAUUUCAACCAGCAGUGCGGAAUCGUUGACAGUACUACUUAUUUUAGACUUGAUGGUUCUUCGGGAUCCUGAUCGUGCUAUUGGUUUUCUAGACUGAAACUAGGAAUAGUAAAACUUUGUCGUUUGUGUGUCGCGACUUUGUAGUUGACCAUGUCCAAAAUUUGUCUUCAACAUCUACAUCUUCAUUCAACCUUCUUAUCCACCUUCAACAGCCGAAACCGCGAAGCGGCAAGACCUUUACCGAACCUUGACGUUGAUCGCGGCUCUUGCCAGCAAGUAUCCGAUCGUUUCUGUGGUGGCAGCCGGUCAGCACUCCUUGGCCCUAGAUCGUGACGGCGCUGUCUACGUGUUUGGCGACAACUCUUUCGGACAGCUCGGCUUUGACGCCUUGUCAAGGCCAAAAAUCAGCAAGCCAGAGAUGUUGAAUCAGUUGUCAAAAUUUGCAGUACGCAGCGUUACCACUGGCGCAACGCAUACCAUGCUGCUGCUGUAGACAUGGAGGCAGAUAACUUCUUGAUCCAGAUGGCGGCGAGAUGACACUUCUCCCAGCAGUCUUCAUGUGUUUUACGCACCUAAGUACUUACUCCUUUCGCCAGCCAUACGAGAACUUCUACUUCUACCUCAAUUGAAAAGUAGUUGUCAUGCUCCUCAGCCUCCUGCUAUUCUGGAACGAUCAUAUUGGCGCUUCCCUUUGUUCUCGUAGUCGUAGCUCCGAAUAGCACGGUCAUCAACUCCUGCGACGGCGAGGAAUGGACCUUGGGAGGAAGUGGAGGAUGAAGGUAUGUGCGUCGAUCACCACUCUGGCGGCGUCGAGCGCUUCAAACGGUAUAAUUUAAGGCUCGGCGGCGAAGACGAUCUCUGAGGAGCUAGUCGGAGACCGAUUCGGCAAGAAAGGAGGGCCGCGCGCAGACCGAUACAUAUGCGAGGCUUUGCGCGGCGCUUGCUCUCAACUGAGUGGGUAAACCAGUGCAAGAUGGUAGCACGUAACGAACGAGCGUAUGAUACAGCGUGAUAUUUCUCGUAGAAACGCGAUUUAAUAGCAAUACGCGAAUAUUUUAGGAAUAGAUGUAAGGUUUUUUUCAUGGUUCUUACUAAACGGAAUUUUUGUUUUUUCAGAGACUACUUCAAGUUAAUCCAGCAACCUCUUGCUUUGUCAUACAUAGGAAACGCAUAGCUGCACGACAACAGAAUUCAUUGAGUCCUUUUUCCUUUUCAAGAGAAUCGAUACUCCUAUAAUUUGUUUGAUUCUGACGAGUUCUUCCUGUAAGGUUUCGAGCACUGAGGCACAGGUUCAUUCAAGAACACGAAAGUACGCUAUAAUGAAAAUGUACAGAGUCAGAGGUGAAGAACGAUUGAUGUCUUUUUGUUUAUCAGAUGAAAAUUCAAGAUGAAAUAGACAAAGCUAGCUACUAGAGGAGCAAGCAUGUUGGCAGCGCCAACAAGUGGCGGAUAAUGCAGGAAGUUUUCUCUAUCUAGAUCCGAACUGCUGUCAC